UUAGUUUCCCUUUUAUCUUCUUCCCUUCUGUGCAAAAGCAUAUCCUUCGAUAUCUAGAGAGAGAUAGAGAGAGAGAAGCAGUGGAAAAUAAGAAGGAAACCGGAAAACCUUCCAUUUUCGAAACCCUAACCCUAGCGGCGAAGCCAUCGUUGUUAGAUUUUUUCUAUGCUCAUGUAGUCUAUUUAUAUAUAAUUUUUUUGUUAGAACACAAUCGGAUCUCAUCGUCUUCAGGAGAGAUUUUUUUUAAUCAUCUAGCGUUUCAGAAGAGAUGACGAGAAGGUGUUCGCAUUGUAGUCACAAUGGUCAUAAUUCAAGAACAUGCCCCAAUAGAGGAGUCAAGCUCUUCGGUGUUCACUUAACCGAUGGAUCGAUCAGGAAGAGUGCUAGUAUGGGCAAUCUAACGCAGUACACUGCAUCGAAUAGCAGUAACAAUCACAACAACUGUAGUAAUCCUGGUUCUCCGGACGAGACACCGGAGCAUGGUGCCGCUGCCGAUGGUUACGUCUCCGAGGAUUUCGUCCCUGGUUCUUCUAACUGCGGCCGCGAGCGAAAGAAAGGGGUGCCAUGGACUGAAGAGGAACACAAGAUGUUUUUACUUGGUCUUCAGAAGCUUGGUAAAGGUGAUUGGCGUGGAAUAGCCCGCAACUAUGUAGUAUCAAGAACACCAACUCAGGUGGCAAGCCAUGCUCAGAAAUAUUUUAUUCGGCAAAGCAAUUUAUCCAGGAGAAAAAGAAGAUCCAGCUUGUUUGAUAUCAUAGCUGAUGAAUCAAUCGACACUCGUCUAGUUGCAUCACAGGAACUGUUCCCCAUCAGCAAUUCUCAAGGUGAAACACAGAGCAACAAUCUGUUGCCAACUCCUCCAACAGUGGAAGAAGAGCACGAGUCAAUGGACUCCACAAACUCCAAUGAGGGCGAAGCUACCAUUCCGAAGCCAGAGAGUUUUCAAUGCAGUUACCCAGUAGUAUUUCCUGCUUAUUUCCCGCCAUUUGUUCCAUUUUCUUUUCCAUUUUGGCCUGGUUACCCUAUGGAGGGAGCAUCAAAAGACACACAUGAAGUUGUUAAGCCAACAGCGGUACAUUCAAAGAAUCCAGUUAUUGUUGAUGAGCUGGUGGGAAUGUCAAAACUGAGUCUGGGAAAAUGCCUUGGCUACUCUGGGCCUUCAUCUCUCUCACAGAAAUUGCUUGAAGGGUCUACUAGGCAAUCUGCUUUCCAUGCUAGCCCCGCUACAGGUCAGGUUGAUAUGGACACAAGCAGCAAUCCCGUUCAUGCAGUCUAGUCCACUCAGCAGUGAAUGGUUGGACCUGUGGAUUUUAGUUAGUUCAGUACUGAAAUAUGCUGGCAGAUUAUCUGUUUAUACAAGAAAAAUAAUGUGCAGUUCUGAUUUAUAUGCUUCGGUUUUAUUUUUCCUUUAACGUGGAGUUCAUUCUUUCAAUAAAACUGAUGCUCAGAAAUGUCCAUUAAACCAUUCUUUGGAUAUGAUAACCUUGAAAGUUUAAUGAUGUAGUUCAUUUUUUGUUGGGUGUAUGUAUUCCCUUUUGAUUA